GGAAAGCAGUUCAACAAAGCCCACACCACGCAGCUAUUGAUGGAUUUGUCAGAUUUUACUGGAGUCAUGUCACAUCUGCUGGAAGAAACUAGUUUGAUAACAAUGUUUUGAAAUACACAGAUGAGUGUUCAUCCAAUCCUUCUCAUCAGAGUCAAUAGUUUAUCCUGAAAAUGGAUGGCAAAACCCUGAAACAAGAAAAACUAAAGGACAAUUUUAGCAGGAAAGCGGAAAUAAUAUCACUGAUAUCAGACGAUGACGAUGACGUUGGCGAUGACGAUGACAUCGACGUGGUGUGUGUGGUGACGGACCAGGAAGCAGAAACUAAAGUGAAAGAUGAUCGGAUUCAGCCACGACAGCAAGUGAAGGUGGAGCAAGGAAAGUCAGCUGUGAAGCAUGAAAGUCAAGGAAAUAGUUUUUGCAGCAACAACGCGGAGGACCUCUUUAAAAGAUACUGUGGUGAAGAUGUUAACGCAGCACAGCAGAAAGAGAUCAUCCAGGCAGUUUCAGACAAGCCCUUCUGCCUGUACCUGUAUGUGGGAGUCCAGCUGGGAAGAGCGCGGACUACAAGCUUUGUGCUGAUUGGCUACUUUGACCAGAGCUCAGGUGUAAGUGUGGUGAGGCUUUUUCAUAAGCUGCAAAUGAGCGUUGACACUUAUGAUCCACAAAUCUCAGUGGACAUGGACGUCACACACACAGAUGGAAUCAUUUUGAUAAAUUCACUGAAGCAACUCGAUCUUCCCCUGUCCAACCUUGCCAUGUUCUACUGCACUGCUCCACAUCCAGCGGUAAAGGAAGUGUUUGUACCGCAGCUCCGGACUUUCAACCCUAAUUUGAUUUCACUCUGCAGCCUCCCUGGGAUGGCAGGAAGAGUGUGUCAAGCCGGGAUCGAAGCCUCCUUCAGUGAUGUAGUUAACCUUGUUAACGAUGUCCAUGGUCACUACUCCACCCUCCUCUCUGUUAACGACUGUCUUAAAGAACUAUUUGUUCAUUCAAAGUCUUAUAACUCAUCCCUUCCUAUUUCAACACAGUGGGUAUUUAUCGUCAACACUGUGCAGAAGAUGACGAACUGCUGGCAGGAAUUGUUGGAGUAUUUCAAGUCUCGGAUACAAACAAAGGAUAUCUGCCGCAUCAGGAGUAAACUAUUAGACAUUAAGGUCCAGCUGCAUUUCUUGUUCCUCUCCCAUGCUUUGGAGCCCCUCAGAGCCUUUCAAAAAUUGCAGCUGUCCGGCACAGCAGAUUUGGCCCUGGAGCUCAGGCUGACGGCCGAGCUGGUGCAUUCCUACGCAGCCAGCAUCCUCCAGCCAUCUGCCACUGUGAGUUUUCUCAAGAAGCGAGACAUCCAUCUGCUCCGCGGCAAGGAGAAACUCCUCCCCACAGCUGAGGUGGACGUAGGCUCUCGUGCCAGAGACUUGAUGGUCUCCAUGGAGGAUCUGGGGGACGAGACCAAGAGCAACUUCCUGAAGAGAGCACACUCAUUCUAUAAAUCAGCCCUCCAAGGUUUGGUGGAGAGCAUCCCUGAGCAAUUUGCAAAUGUGUCACUGAGGAAUAUGGAAUUGCUGCUAAAAGAGCCAGAAACAAAUACUGAUAGUAAAUUGUUGGGGCGCGUGGUGUCAGAGAUGGCAGUUGAUCUAGGGCUGUGCAAACCUGACUCGCCAGAGACGAAGUGGCUGGCAUACAACUACCUCAGAUUCAUCCAGUCCCUGAAGGACGAACCGAGCAGCACCGGGCAAGGCCGUCGCUGGGGCCAGAUGUUGUUUAGAAUGAGACCAUACCCUAUGAUGCACAGACUGUUCCUGACGCUCCUGGCGCUACCGGCCUCUACAGACAAGACGAAGGUGCUUGCUAGGGUUUUGAAAAACCCAGAGGCUGCUCGUAACGGGGAGAAACCCCCGCAGGACUCAUCCUCACUUGGAAAGCGGCCAAGAAGACGCCCCAUCAUCAGAAGAAAACCACCGGCGGGGUUUGGAGUCCGGAAGAGACGAGACGAAAAUGGCGAGAGUUCAUCAGAUGACUCUGAGAGUAUUAACGCAAAGAAACCCCUAUAUUUUCCUGCGAAAGUGUCCAGCAAUAUGCAGGAUUCAGACUACACAGACAAUUCUUCUGAUGUCCUUGUGACAGAAGAGUCCAGAAUAUGUCAGACGGGCAGAAUGACGAUUGAAAAAUGUGAAACAAGGAAGCAGGCAGAUUCCAUCUUUAUCGUGAGUGAUGAAGAGGAUAACAGGUCCAGUCCAACAGCCACAGAACCCAGUCUGAGUAAAUUGUCCGUUUGUGCGCAGGGGGAGAUGGUGUGGGGACGCAUCGAGGGCUUUUCUUUCUGGCCAGCUGUGAUCAUACCCAGCAGGAAAGGGAGCCAGCUUCCAGAGAACAGAACGGUGCAGUGGUAUGGACACCAAAUGUUCUCUGAGGUCGGUUUGAAGUCUCUGUCCCCAUAUGAAGCCUUUGGCCAGCAUUUCUGCGCCAACUCCUUUGCUACCUUCAUCACUUACCGAGAGGCAAUCUUCUCAUCCAUGCAGGAGGCAGCAAGGCGUUGUAAGAAGCAGUUUUCUGCACCUCUGGAGGACAAAGAGGAGCUGCUGAAGCAGAUGUUAGACUGGGCAUUUGCAGGCUUUCAACCAUCUGGGCCGGAUGGGCUCAAACCAAAGGCUUUAAUAAAUGACGCUGCAAAAAAAGCCACACCAAAGGUGAAGAAGAAGCUCUUCCAGAAAGCCCAGACUUCUCCUGUGACCUCCAGCCCCGUCAGAAAAAAGGGAAACGCCAACGUCAGCGAAAUGACCGUCUCUCUGAAUAACCUUUCAUGCAAUUCCACACUCAAUUCCACCCAGUCCAAAGUUCUGAAUAAAGAAAUAGGUAAUACCAUGGAGAAAAGUCCCAGAGGAUUGAUGACGGAGAAGGUGUCCCCAGGAUGGGCUGCAGAAACGAGUAGAGGAGCAAAGGAAAAACAGGGCUCGGGCCAAGGCUGGAACAAAGGCAAAGUUGGGUGGGGAAAGAAGAAGGUUCAGGGAGGUUUGAAGGGAAAGAAGGGUCAUAAGAAGAUAUGCCCUCAUUUGAAUGGAUCUGACAAUGACAUGUCGCCAGACUUUGUGCCAUACAAGAAGAGGAACUACACCAAAGCUUACAACAAGGUCAACGAACCAGCCAGCACGUACAAACAGCCGGACCAGAAGCUCAGAGGGGAGACUAUUAAUCGGAUCAUGAGCAUGAAACUGGAUAUUGAAGGCUACUGUUUGUGUUGUGGAGGAGAAGACACCGUGGUGUCCCACCCUCUGUUCAAAGGCAGCCUCUGCUUGAAGUGUAAAAAUAACCUCACAGAAACUCUGUAUCGAUAUGAUGAAGAUGGAUAUCAGUCCUACUGCACCAUCUGCUGCUAUGGGAUGGAGGUUAUACUGUGUGGAAACGACAGCUGCUCCAGGUCUUACUGUGAGGACUGCCUGAACAUCCUGGCUGGACCGGGGACAUACGCCUCGCUGAAGGUGUUGGACCCCUGGAUCUGCUACCUGUGCCAGCCUCAUAAGCCCCACGGCGCGCUGGUUCCCCGGGAGGACUGGAGCAUUCGUGUGCAGGAGUUGUUUGCUAACAACAGUGCCAUGGAGUUUGAGCCACAUCGCGUUUACCCAUCUCUUCCUGCGAGCCAGCGCAGACCGGUUCGAGUUCUCUCUCUGUUUGAUGGUAUUGCAACAGGCUACCUGGUGCUGAAGGACCUUGGCUUCAAAGUGGAGAAAUAUGUUGCCUCUGAGGUUUGUGAGGAUUCACUUGCUGUGUCAACAGUCAGCCAUGAUGGGAAGAUCAUUCAUGUCGGCGACGUUCGAUUCAUCACCCUGGAACAUCUUGAGGAGUGGGGUCCAUUUGAUCUGUUGAUCGGUGGCAGCCCCUGCAAUGACCUCUCCAUCGUAAAUCCAUUGAGGAAAGGCCUUUAUGAAGGCACUGGCAGGCUUUUCUUCGAGUUCUACCGCAUUCUUCAGCUGCUGAAGCCCAAAGAGGACGACCCCAGGCCUUUCUUCUGGUUGUUUGAGAACGUGGUGUUCAUGAACACGCACGACAAAGUCAACAUUUGUCGCUUCCUUGAGUGUAAUCCUGUACUGGUGGAUGCAGUCAAAGUAAGCCCUGCUCACAGGGCUCGCUACUUCUGGGGUAACAUACCUGGGAUGAGCAGGCCAAUUAUUGCUUCCCAGAAGGACAAACUGAGCCUUCAGGACUGUUUAGAGAUUGGCAGAGAAGCGAGAGUAACAAAGGUGAGAACCAUCACCACCAAUCCAAACUCUCUGAAGCAGGGAAAAGAUGUGUCUAUGCUGCCGGUCGUCCAGAAUGGAAAAGAGGACAUCCUCUGGGUCACCGAGCUGGAAAUGAUCUUUGGUUUCCCCAAACAUUACACGGAUGUGAAGAACAUGAACCGUCAGCAAAGGCAGAAGGUGCUGGGGAAGGCGUGGAGCGUGCCGGUCGUCCGACACCUCUUCGCUCCGCUGAAGGACUACUUUGCCUUCGAGGAGCUGCCUGUUUCGACCACCAUCUCCAGUUCCAGCGCCACCUCUGCACCCUCCUCAGCUUCCUCAUCCUCACCUGCCUCUCCAGACAUGCAGUUUCUUAGAUAGGUGAGGUCUAUUUUACUUUGUCCAUCAAGAUGAUUGCAAACGUGUGUGUUUGGAUGUUUCUUUCAUGCGGAUUGAUGCCAUAAGGCCACUUUGGUCACUGUUUCGUACCAAUGCGAGAAGUUCUGAACACUUCUUUUAUAAAUUUGUAUAUAUAUGUCAUUUUUGUGCUUUUAAUUCAUUUUUAAAUUAAUGCAAAUAAUUCAGUCGAUGUGAUAAAUAUUUUAGGUUUAUCAUCCACCAAUGUCACAUUAUAUCGGUGAAAUAUGAGGUUUCAAAAUGUGAAACCAGUUAAUAAAAGGAAGGGGAAAAAAUUAAUUUAUUCACAUUUUUAUGAGACAUAAAUCUGCUGCUGUGGUGAAAAAUGUUUCACGGUUUUAACGGUUUUGUAACUUUUUCAGAAGACUGAACUCUGUGAUAUCUUUCUGUUCAGGAUAUUUCUCUGGAGUUUUUUAAACAUUUAAAUUGCUAUCCGCUGACUGAUUGUAAAUGUUUAUUGCUUUUUCUUAUUUUUUGGUUUUAUUGUUUGUGGCAUCUGCGUUGUAAGUUUGUAUUCCUGUAUUGUUGUCAGCAACAAAAAUAUCAACAACAAAAAAAACAAAUCUAGCCAUACUAGAAACCUCUGUUACCUGUUGGGCUGCAAAUGUCCGGGUCCACACAGGUCCUGGUGUGGUGCACACUUCCCCAGCUGUUUGCACAAUGGAGCCUCAGUGUGCCAUGCAGGACAAACAUUCUUGCAGCUGUCGUACACACAUACAUUUCAAAUCCAGAUUGUCUGCAGAAGUGCUCUGACAUUUGUAAAUAGUCCACUGUGGCGACUGGGGAGGGCACCGAGGAUGCAGGACAUGCCGGAAAAGCCUGCUGUGUUUUGCUGAUUGUAGUUUUUACUGAACUUUUACCGACGCUCAGUGAUGCUGUUUUUUGUUUGUAAAAAUACUACAAAUGUGUAUACAAAACCACAAUAUUGGCAAUUUAGUGGAAAGCAAAAUACAAGAUUUCCGAAAAAAAUAUGAAGCAGCAACUCUUGGCUUUUUCUCUUCCUCCCAUUAAAUGUUCCAGAGGAUUGGCUGCUGCCAUGACAUAUUGGUCCUGAUCUCUUAAACCUCGUACAGCGCAGCUGUUGGUCUACCUUUAGCUUUUCUCUGCAGAAAAGCUGGAGCGAAAACCACUGACAUGCAUGCUUACAAGCAGCUCCUCUGGAACAUCUCUAGAGCAUUAACUGUGUGUGUAUACGUAUGGCUUUUAUGUCACACUGGGAAAACUGUUUAUUGCCCUAUGCACAUGGUACAAGUACUACCUCAGAAUCUGCAGUAAUUCAAAAAUCAUAACCCAACAUCUGUGCGAAAUGUGUGUUUUGCUACAAUUUACAAUUCAAUCCCUGGAUGUGUCAUCAAAGCCUGCGUGUUGUGUUGUUUCAAAGAAUUGUCAUUCAAUUAACUUGAAUAUUGAAAUGGAAGCGUCUGAUCACAGACUCUAUGUCAUAUUGUGAAAUGAUCAAGGCUCCUUGUGGCCUUUUAUUGAAAGUGAAGACGGCAUGGAACGGAGGGGAAAGAAAAGGGGUUGACGAGUCACAAAAGGUCAAAAGGGAGGACUUGAAACUGGACUGUCUGUGACAAGAACUUCUGCAUCCCAUCAGGCACGAACGGGAAAAGGAUGCAGAUGUUGAGUCGUGUAGGUCAGAAUACAGACACAUCUGUCUGUCUGGGAAACAGAAAACAAUUAUUACUGGAUACCUUUGUUUGAUGCUUCAGAUUAUGGAAGAAGCCAAAAGGGAUUUUUUUUUUUUAAUGACUUCUAGACUAUUUUUAGAACGGACAUAUUAAAUGUUCUUUUAAUCUUUCUUAGCAGUGAAAUAACAGAUUUCAUAGUCAUCUUUUAUCAUUACUGUGUAGAAAACAAGUUUGUGAUGCUUUGAUGAUUCUGUAAUUCAAUUUUAUUGAUCCACUAAGAGAAAUUGUAUAUGAUCAUGAAUGUGUUGGUUUUUUUUCCUUCUUUUUUGCGGGGUGGGUCCUCUGCAUCGCACAACAUAUUUUGCAUACAACUCCAAGGGAAUAGAUUUGAUAUCUUUAACAAGAGUAUAAAUGCUCAGAAUCUCUGAGAGAGUCCACAACUUUAAGAUUUAAAGUGUCAAGUCACCUGUUUCCAUCGUAUUAUUGAAGAAUUUAUCAGCUUUUGGCAUGAAAAAAAAAGAUUUUUCUCAGGUUUAUUGUCAAAUGCUGUGAACAAAAAGAUUAAGAGGAUGGAGUGAUGGGGAAAAACUUGGAGUGACUGCAUCGUUUAUUUCAUUUGUUCCAUAAAUAAGAUAAAAAAGGUCUGCAGGUAGCCAGUAGACUCACAAGUCCUCUGCUGUAUUUAUGUUUGCGUUUGGUCUUUUUAAACUCUUCUACAGCAGUUUCUGCAAGAUCAAAAUUCAGUUUUACAGUGGCAAGAACAGAAAAACCCUUUGGGUUUACAGAUUACUCCUUUUCUGAAUCCAUCCUGUGUUGGAUUUACUUCCAUGCAUGUAGGACGGCGACACCAGCUAACCUCUACUAAACUUCAGCUGGUGAACAACCGCCCUGACUUUACCUUGAAUGAUAUUUUGGCAAAUUUGGGAAUUAAUGUGAUGACAAUAAAGCACAUCCUAAUCGUGAUGCUCAUUUGGUACUGAACAUAGUACUGAGUAUUUUUCUCAACAUCCAGAUUUUCAAGACGCUCUUUGGUAAACUAGUUAACUCCAAUAUGUUUUCUAACCACUGUGAGCUGCAAAAGCUAAAUGACAAAUGUGUACAGGUAUAAACGCUUGGAAUAAAAAGCAUGUUCAACUUCAUGUGUGUGUUAAGAGAACAGAGCUUAACUACCGUCAGUAUUUUGUAUCGUGUGAAUGUAUUGAUAA